GGACAGCAGGAUCCUUGAAAGCUGCUAUGAGACAUCUCCUUGUAUCCUUUAAUCAUCAGACUGCAGGAUAAGUGAGCGGGAAGGAGGGAAAAGUUGUUCUUCAGUCACUCAGGAUUUAAAUACUAGAAGAUGAAGACUGUAUUUUAUAUAUGUUUGCUUCUGGCUGGGCUUCAUGCUUUUGCCUAUGGCCAGCUUACAGCCAGCCACUACAAUGGACACGAUCCAAAUGAACCUAAAGACCAUAUGCAUCACAACGCUGAAGCGGCAGCUUGCCUCAAACUAGUGCCAAACAAUGCUGACUUUGCAUUUAAAUUUCUAAAUGAGGUUGCACAAGAAGCACCUAAUAAGAACAUUUUCUUCUCUCCUGUAAGCAUCUCUGCUGCCUUUGCAAUGCUGGCCCUGGGGGCUAGGUCAAUCACCAAGACUCAGAUCCUGGAAGGACUUGCCUUUAACCUUACAGAGAUUCAGGAGAAAGAGAUACAUGAAGGCUUCCACAAUCUCAUGCACAUGCUGAGCCAUCCCGAGAGUGGGGUGCAGCUCAACAUGGGGAAUGCAAUCUUUCUAACAAAGAAGCUGAAACCACUAAAAAAGUUUUUAGAUGAUGCCAAACCUUUGUAUCAACUAGAGGUUUUAGCUACUGACUUCAACAAUCCCACAGAGGCUGAGAAGGAGAUCAAUGAUUAUACAGAGAAGAAAACACAAGGGAAAAUUACUAAUUUGGUUAAGGAAAUAGAUCCACAGACUGUAAUGCUCCUGGCUAGCUUUGUUUUCUUUAGAGGCAACUGGGAAAAGCCUUUUAAACCAGAGAACACUGAAGAAAGGGAGUUCUUUGUGGAUGCUGAAACUACUGUGAAAGUUCCUAUGAUGUGUCGGAUUGGCACAUUUGACUUGUAUUUUGAUAAGGACCUGCCUUGCACCGUGGUACGUCUUCAUUACAAUGGAAGUGCUACUGCGUUUCUAAUUCUGCCAGCAAAAGGGAAAAUGAAGCAGUUAGAGCAAACUCUGGACAAGGAAAGAGUCAAGAAAUGGUCAGACCAUCUAUUCAAGAGCAAAAUACAGCUCUACUUCCCCAAAUUUUCUAUCUCUGGGACCUAUGAAAUAACAAACAUACUUAGCAAGAUGGGAAUUGUGGAUGUGUUCACCAACCAGGCAGAUCUCUCUGGCAUCAGUGGUGUCCCGGAGCUGAAGGUUUCUAAAGUUAUCCAUAAGGCUGCUCUGGAUGUUGAUGAGAGAGGUACUGAGGCAUCAGCAACAGCUGCUACUCCUAAAAUAAUGGCCCUCUCUCUUGCUCCAAUCAUUGAAUUCAACCGUCCCUUCCUGAUGCUGAUUUUUGAUAGAGACACAAACAGUACUCUCUUCAUAGGAAAAAUAGCUAACCCAACUACCACUAGUAGAACUGAGAUAUGAAUUCUAAUUAUUAUUACUGAUUAAAGAAGUUGUGAAACUGCACAACGUUUAUUUCCAUUUGCACCAGCGUAGUACACAGCUCUUUUUCAGCAAGAGUUUUUAUUCUAUAUCAUUGUCAAAAAUUCUAGGCAUUGAUUGUGACACUUUCUUAGGAGGAACUACGAAAAAUGUUUUAAAUUCAUCCACCAAAGAAUGACUAUUUACUUGACUGAAAAACAAGGAAAGACCUGCUAAAAGUUGCUAGUAUUCAGGGAGAAAUAUUUGUAUAACAGUGGAAGACUCCUGCUUAGCAAUUCAUUGUUAG